AUGGUGAAGUUCAUGAAGAGUAAUGCUUGGUGGUUCACAUCAGGAGAAAUCUGUGAGUUUCAUGGCCGUGAAAAUCAGCGCACCACCCAGGAUGUGCAUACCAGUGGCGAGAAGUCUUAUGAAUGUAAGGAAUGUGGAAAAGCCUUUCUUAAAUUCUCCAGACUUACUCAACAUAUGAGAUUUCACAGUGGAGAGAAGCCUUAUGAAUGUAAGGAAUGUGGAAAAGCUUUUAGUCUGCCUAAGAGCCUUACUAGACAUAAAAGACGAUUUCACCCUGUAGAGAAAUGUAACGAAUGUGGGGAAAUCUUUAGUUGUUCCUCACAACUCACUGAACAUACAAGAUCUCACAGUGUAGUAAAGCGAUACGAAUGUGAAGAAUGUGGGAAAACCUUUCAUCUUCAGACCGAGCUCACUCAACAUAAGAGAACACACAGUGGAGACAGGCCUAGUGAGUUUAAAGAAUGUGGGAAAGCCUUCGAACACCUCGAGAAACAUAAAAAAGCACACAGUGGAGAGAAACCUUAUCAAUGUGAUGACUAUGGAAAAACCUCUUUUUGCUCCUCAAGAUUCAUUUCACAUAAACUAUCUCGCAGUGCUGAGAGGUCUUAUGAAUGUAAGGAAUGUGGGAAACACUUUACUACAUCCUACAGACUUGAUCAACAUAUGAGAUUUCACAGUGGAGAGAGGCCUUAUGAAUGUAAGGAAUGUGGGAAAGACUUUAUUACAUCCUACAGACUUACUCAACAUAUAAGAUCUCACAGUGGAGAUAGGCCUUAUGAAUGUAAGGAAUGUGGAAAAGCCUUUCUUAAAUUCUCCAAACUUACUCGACAUAUGCGCUCUCACAGUGGAGAGAAGCCUUAUGAAUGUAAGGAAUGUGGAAAAACUUUUAGUCUGUCUGAGAGCCUUAAAAGACAUAAAAGACGAUUUCACCCUGGAGAGAAAUCCUUACUAAACAUAUACGACUUCACACUGGAGAGAAACCGUAUGAAUGUCAAGAAUGUGGGAAAGCCUUUAUUUGUUCCUCAAAGCUGA